GGACAGCCUGUGUUUGGGGUCCUCGCAGCAGUCAGGCAUUGGUGAGGGAAGCUCGCUGGAGAGCGGCGUGCUAGGAUCGUGCUGUUAACAUGGAUGACGAGGAAGAGACUUACCGACUAUGGAAGAUCCGAAAGACCAUUAUGCAGCUCUGUCAUGAUCGAGGUUACUUGGUGACCCAAGAUGAGUUGGAUCAGACUUUGGAAGAGUUCAAGGGACAAUUUGGUGACAAACCAAGUGAGGGACGUCCCCGCCGUACAGACCUUACAGUGCUAGUAGCUCAUAAUGAUGACCCAACUGACCAGAUGUUUGUAUUCUUCCCAGAGGAACCCAAGGUUGGUAUUAAAACCAUUAAGAUGUACUGCCAGAGAAUGCAGGAAGAAAAUAUCACCAGAGCUAUCAUUGUGGUGCAACAAGGAAUGACUCCAUCGGCUAAACAGUCUUUGGUUGACAUGGCACCAAAAUACAUUCUAGAGCAAUUUCUGCAGCAAGAGCUCCUGAUCAAUAUUACAGAACAUGAGCUGGUUCCUGAACAUGUGGUGAUGACGAAGGAUGAAGUGACAGAGUUGCUGGCCCGAUAUAAACUGAGAGAGUCCCAACUUCCUCGUAUCCAGGCUGGAGACCCAGUGGCAAGAUAUUUUGGAUUAAAGCGAGGUCAAGUGGUAAAGAUUAUUCGUCCUAGUGAAACCGCUGGCCGUUAUAUCACAUAUCGCUUGGUACAGUGAAGUACAACCAUCCUAUGAUUAGAGACUGGAAGCAAUGUGCUUUUUUUUUUUUUUUUUAACUUUAAUGGUGAAAUGUCACAUUUUGUGACUCACUGUUUUCAACAAAGAGGACAAUUUAGAAGAUGAGGAACAUAAUGCUCUGUUUUGUUAUCGGCUCCUCCCCCUUUUCUACAUUGAAGCAAGUGCAUGUUUUCUCUUAAAUAUGUGGUUACUUUCAAGAACUAGCCGUAUGUAUUCGCUUUUAUAAAGUGAUUUUGAUUACCUGUUCUAAAUUAAUAAAUAAAGCUGCGCUUGGUUUAAAAACGGCAA